CACAUGGUGGCACUAGCAGUGGUCUAACUUAGUUCAUUUUAACCUUCAUUUUACCAAGGUUUAUAUUUACUAACCUAUGCAAAUAUGCAGGCUGCGAUGGACAUUACCACCAAGUUCUGCCAAAAGGAGAUGGAGGACUACGGAGCUUGCGUAGCAGCCAAUCCGUCGUCAUGGCAACAGCGAUGUCAAGACUUGAAGAUGAAAGUGGCCCAGUGCACAUCAUCGCAUCCGGUAAUAAGGAAGAUACGAACUGACUGCGCAGGGGAGUUCACAGAGUUCGAGCGAUGUCUACGUGAGAACCAGGCCUCUGUUGAAACCUGCUCACCUUAUGUGGCUCGCUUUUUGGCCUGCGCGGAAACCGUGGACAUCAAAGCAUGUGCUCUGCCUCAGCCUUCAUAGCACCGAGGAGCUACUCACAGGGAUUUUCUACGUGUUCUGCACCUUUUGCCAUUCUUCUGCCUGAUAUGGACACAAAAGUGUCCAAAAUUCACAGUGAACUUUAUUAUAAUGUACAGGAUUGUGAUCAUGGAAAUA